AUGUGGUUAAUUUGUGGUUUGGUGAAAAUGUUGACGUGAAUUUUAAUUUUAGUUUUAAUGUUAUAUUUAAUUGUUGAUUAUAUUGUUGUAUAUUAAUAAGAAGAGAAUCUUAAUCUUAGCAUAAUAACAAUUCUGUCACUGCAAUAAUUAUCUCGUAUUCUCAAUAAAAUAUCACAGUAAUAUAAAGUUUUAGAUAAUUAAUAGAUCAAGCAUGGAUUUGUUUAUAAUAAAUAGAUAUACAGAUACAAAUGAUGAUAAUGAUGCUGUCAAUCGUGAAACUUUACAUUUACAAAGAUUAAAACAGAAAAUUGAAGAAAGGAAGAAAAGUUUUAAAGUAACUGAAGCAACACCUGACACUAUAACACUUAUAGACCAGGGACCCUCCAAUGAGCAACCGAUAAACAACAGUAGUACCAGCGGUACUCAAGAUGUGUCCAAUGAUCAAAAAGACAUUACAGAAACAGAAAUUGACAGUACACUGUCAAAUAACAAAAGUAAAGCUGAGAAACCUACAAGUGAAUUUAAAGUUUUGGGGAAUACAGAUUUUGAAAAGAAAUUCAAGGUUGAACGAGUAUUGCCCUACUGGCUUUCUCAUGCAUUCAGCAUAUCCAAGAAUCUUCAAACUUUGACUUGUGUCAUAAGUGAUCAAGAUUGGAUACACAGUACGCUGAAGACUACUUUAACGAGCGAGGCGGUAACGCACCUGUUUCCAGUACAAGAGCAAGUUAUACCAUUCAUACUUAAAGAACAUAAACAACCUGAACCGUUCAGACCUCAUGAUAUAUGUGUGUCUGCCCCAACUGGCAGUGGGAAAACACUGGCGUUUGUGUUGCCAAUUAUUCAAAUACUAAUGAAUCAACUUGGUCAUCGCAUUAGAGCUCUGAUUGUGUUGCCAGUUCAAGAGCUAGCAGCACAGAUUGCCAAGGUUUUUAAGAAAUAUUGCACCAACACUGGAUUACGAGUUGCACUGUUGAGCGGAUCUGCACCUCUUCAAAAGGAACAACAGCAAAUAAUGAGAUAUACUGAAACAUUGGGUUGGAUUUGCGAAACUGAUAUAAUUGUAUGCACCGCUGGCAGAUUGGUGGAACAUUUACACAACACUGAAGGAUUUUCGUUAAAUCAUUUGAAAUUCCUCGUCAUAGAUGAAGCUGAUAGAAUAAUGGACAACAUACAAAACGAUUGGCUCUACCACUUGGAAAAACACAUCCAAGCUGAAAUGCAAAUAAACAAAGUGUCCCAUCUGAGUUGGAAUAACAUCUCUGGGCUUAAGUCACCAGUACACAAGCUUCUAUUUUCAGCGACAUUAUCACCGGAUCCAGAAUUACUGGAACGGUGGGGACUUUUCCAACCGAAACUAUUCUCAGUUGCUCCCAUAAAUGAUAUGCCAAAUGAAAAUAUGAUCAAGAAAUAUUCGACUCCCGAUGAGUUGAAUGAACAGUUUGUUCUCUGUUCAGCUGAAGAGAAGCCGUUGAUAUUCUAUAACUUCUUUGCUAACCUACAUUGGGACAAAACCUUGUGUUUCACGAAUUCAUCGCAAUCGGCCCAUAGGUUGACAGCACUUUUGAAUAUUUGGGGGAAAGGUAAACUGAGAGUGGCCGAAUUAUCUGCAUCUUUGGAUAGAUCCAGCAGAGAAUUGGUGUUAAAGAAAUUCAAGCUGUCUGAAAUAAAUGUCAUAAUAAGUACCGACGCUUUAGCAAGAGGAAUAGAUAUCCCGGAGUGUAACUAUGUGAUAUCGUACGACCCGCCGCGCAACAUCAAGACGUACAUACACCGAGUGGGGCGCACGGGGCGCGCCGGCCGGACGGGGACCGCUGUUACCAUUGUCAUACAUAAUCAAAUGCACAUGUUCAAGGAAAUCAUACACUCCAGUGGGAAAAACAAUAUACAACAAAUGGAAAUCAAGCAAGAAGUUUUAACCAACCUAUUGGAGAACUACGAAAGUGCAAUUUUCGAGACAAAGAGAUUGAUUAAUGAUGAAAGUAAAAAUAAAGUGAAGAAGUCAAUCGAAUUGAAAAGAGCAGCUAAACCCAAGCCUCGUAAAAGGAAGCACAAUGAAAAUAGAAUGUUAAAUACUAUCAAUUAGUAAAGUAGGUGCUGUUUAUUAAUAGUAUAUACCCAUGUUAACAAAUAUCAACGACAUUAAAAGCAAUAAAAGUAGCAAUUAUUAAAUAGAAA